GGUGAUGGGCUGAGGCUCCGCCAUCUUAGUUGGCUUGGCAGCGGCGGGAGGAAGAGCCGACUUCCCUGACGAGAGCAGGAGGAGGCCCGUCCCGGCCUGGCCCGCAGAGAUGCGUCUCUCCCCGCUGGCCCCCGCCUGGCUCCUGGCCGCCCUGCUCUGCGGAGGAGCCCCCUCGCCCGCCAGCCCCACUCGAGUCAACAAGCACAAACCAUGGAUUGAAACGACGUACCACGGCAUCAUUACCGAAAACGACAACACAGUCCUGCUGGACCCGCCCUUGAUAGCACUGGACAAGGAUGCGCCUCUGCGUUUUGCAGAGAGUUUUGAGGUGACAGUCACCAAAGAAGGUGAGAUUUGUGGAUUUAAGAUCCACGGGCAAAAUGUCCCUUUUGAGGCCGUGGUGGUGGACAAGUCCACAGGCGAAGGGAUGAUCCGGUCCAAAGAGAAGCUGGACUGCGAGCUGCAGAAAGACUACACCUUCACCAUCCAAGCCUACGACUGCGGAAAGGGGCCAGAUGGAGCCAACAUGAAGAAAUCCCACAAGGCGACGGUGCACAUCCAGGUGAACGACGUCAAUGAGUACGCCCCAGUCUUCAAGGAGAAGUCCUACAAGGCCACUGUGAUCGAAGGCAAGAGGUACGACAACAUCCUGAAAGUGGAAGCCGUGGACGCCGAUUGUUCCCCCCAGUUCAGCCAGAUCUGCAGCUAUGAAAUCGUCACGCCGGACGUCCCCUUUACUAUCGACAAAGACGGUUACAUUAAAAACUCGGAGAAACUCAACUACGGGAAGGAACACCAAUAUAAGCUGACAGUGACGGCCUACGACUGCGGGAAGAAGAGAGCGACAGAGGACGUGCUGGUGAAAAUCACUAUUAAGCCAACAUGCAAGCCCGGCUGGCAAGGAUGGAGCAAAAGGAUGGAAUACGAACCCGGGACGGGUGCUCUUGCCCUCUUCCCGAACAUCCAUUUGGAGACGUGCGACGAGCCCAUCACUUCCAUAGAGGCCACCAUCGAGCUGGAAACCAACCACAUUGGGAAGGGUUGCGACCGAGACACGUACUCUGAGAAAUCCCUGCAUAGGCUCUGCGGUGCUUCCUCCGACACGGCGGAGCUGCUCCCGCCUCCCAGCAACACGGCCAACUGGACGGUCGGCCUCCCGACGGACAACGGCCACGACAGCGACCAGGUCUUUGAGUUCAAUGGCACCCAAGCCGUGAAGAUCCCCGAUAAUGUGGUCGCCAUCAACAUGAAGGAGCCCUUCGUGAUCUCCGUGUGGAUGAGGCACGGGCCCGGGAGCCGAGAGAAGGAGGCCGUCCUAUGCAGCUCAGACAAGACAGAUAUGAACCGGCACCACUAUUCUCUCUACGUCCACAACUGCCGGCUUGGAUUCCUCUUCCGCCAAGACCCCUCUGAAGGACAGAGUUACAAACCAGCAGAGUUCCACUGGAAACUGAACCAGGUGUGUGACAAGGAAUGGCACCACUACAUCCUCAAUGUCGAGUUUCCGGCCGUCACGCUGUACGUCGAUGGUGUGUCUUUCGACCCUUUCCCCGUGACGGAAGACUACCCGCUGCAUCCUUCCAAAAUAGAAUCCCAGCUGGUGGUUGGCGCUUGCUGGCAAGACUAUUCAGGAAAUGAGAAUGACACCGAAAAGGCCACUGAGACCCCUGCAGGUGGCGAACUCCGCAUGGCCCAGUACUUCCGAGGCAACCUGGCUGGGUUAAUGAUCCGCUCCGGAAAGCUGGAGAACAAGAAGGUGAUCGACUGCCUGUACACCUGCAAAGAAGGGCUGGAUCUGCACGUGGCAGAUGGCGCUAGCAAGGGCCUGAAGGUCCACAUGAACCCGAGUCAGUCGGCUGUGACCCUGGAAGGAGACGACUUUGAUCGCUUCGACAAGGCCAUGCAGCACAUCUCCUACCUGAACUCGCGCCAGUUUCCGACUCCCGGCAUCCGCAGGAUCAAAAUCACCAGCACCGCAAAGUGCUCCAGCGACGAGGCCUGCAUUGCCAUUCCCUUCGUCGAUGGCUACGUCAUGGUCUUGCAGCCCGAAGAGCCCAAGAUCAGCCUGAGCGGCAUCAACCACUUUGCCCGGUCGGCUUCCGAGUUCGAGAGCCCCGAAGGCGUUUCCCUCUUCCCUGAGCUUCGCAUCAUCAGCACCAUCACGCGGGAAGUUGAGCCGGAGGGGGACGGCGAUGAGGAUCCCACAGUCCAAGAAUCCUUGGUCUCUGAGGAGAUCAUGCACAAUUUGGAUACUUGCGAGGUCACGGUGGUGGGAGAGGAGUUGAACCAGGAGCAGGAGAGCUUGGAGGUGGACAUGGUGCGCCUGCAGCAGAAGGGCAUGGAGAUGAGCAGCUCCAACCUCGGCCUCAUCAUCACAGGGGUCGAUACCAUGGCCAGCUAUGAAGAGGUUUUGCACUUGAUCCGCUACCGCAAUUGGCACACCAUCUCUCUGUUUGACCGCAAGUUCAAGCUGGUCUGUUCAGAGCUCAACGGACGUUACAUCAGCAAUGAAUUUAAGGUGGAGGUGAAUGUGAUCCACACGGCCAACCCCAUGGACCACGCCAGCCAUAUCGCAGCACAGCAGCCCCAAUUCGUCCAGCCAGUCCACCAUUCCUUUGUUGACCUCGCGGGUCACAACCUGGCGAACCCUCACCCAGGCUUCUCAGUGGUUCCCAGUACUGCCACGGUCGUGAUUGUGGUGUGCGUCAGCUUCCUGGUGUUCAUGAUCAUUCUCGGGGUCUUCCGGAUCAGAGCCGCCCACCAGCGAACGAUGCGGGACCAGGACUCUGGGAAGGAGAACGAGAUGGACUGGGAUGACUCCGCGUUGACCAUAACUGUUAACCCCAUGGAGACCUAUGAGGACCAGCACAGUAGCGAGGAGGAGGAGGAGGAAGAGGAGGAGAGCGAAGACGGGGAGGAAGAGGACGACAUCACAAGCGCCGAGUCGGAGAGCAGUGAGGAAGAGGAAGGGGAGCAGGAGGAGGACCAGCAGAACGUAAACAGGCAGCAGCAGCUAGAAUGGGACGACUCCACGCUCACCUAUUGAUCCCAGCGAUUCCGGGCGCGGUUUCUUCCGUCUCUCUCUCCUCUUUCUUUCAUGUCGUCGUUCUUCAGUCCUGGAAGACUCCACCGCAAACCAUCGCUCUCAAGGAUCCGCUUGGUCCAGCAAAGGCAACCAGCGCACCUUGGGAAAACCACCACCAUCACCCCUGGCCUCAUCCAUAUGCCUCUCUCUCUCUCUCUCUCUCUCUCUCUUUCCUGACCCCACAAUCCUCUAGAAAUCCAGCUAGCACCUCUUCUCCCUCUGUUAUCCCACAGUGACUGGAUUUUGGUUGUGAGUUUUGUUUUAAUUUUCAAGGGACUGCCUUGUAUCCUCUCCUGGCGUCGUGUCACUGAAGCGGCGUCACAGCUUCACUCAGUUUUAGAAAAUUUUCAGUGGUUCGUUUCUCAUGCUUUCCCAGGAAACAAUUCACAUCGAGGUUGUUUGUUGAUCUAGAGUUAAAUUCUUUCUCUCUCUUACUUUUUGUUUCAAUUGGGCGUUUUGCCAGGAGAGCGGUUUUUUGGCUCAUUUCAUCCAUGCGCAACUUCUGCUCAUUUCAUCCCCGCGCAACUUCUGGCUCAUUUUAUCCCUGCGCAACUUCUGGCUCAUUUCAUCCUCGUGCGACUUCUGGCUCAUUUCAUCCCCGCGCGACUUUCGAAACAUGUUCUUUCUCCUCCCAACCUCCUAGUGCAUGUGUAAAGUGGCAGAAUGAGGUCAAAUAUGUAGAAGAUUAACAAGACUUUUUAAUAUUUUGUAAAUAUAUUGGAAUUAUGUAAUUACGUCACUUGUGGUAGUGGAAAUAAAAAAAAGGGGGUGGGUGGGACUCGGGAGGGAGGGAGGAAACCAUGCGAAACUUUUAAAAACAAAUCAUGCAGCAUGCUGUAGAGAUAAGGUUUGUUUUCUCGUUCUCUUUUUUUUUCCUGUUCCUGCCGCCAAAAGCAUGGGGCAAGUUUCCAUUCGUGUAGAGAAAUGAUCCAGUGGCAUUGGACUCGACUGCCAUCUUUACUCUGGACCAAGCUCUGUUGAUAGGUUCCCCCAAUUUUUUUUUUGUGUUAGUUUGUUUCUAAAAUGCUACUUUCAUAAAGAAAAGACCAAAAAAAUGUGAUUUUUAAUUGCAAAACCUUCUUUUUCAUGGGACCCCUUUCUCUGAGUCUGACUUCCCUCCUUUUCUCAAGGGCCGGGUCCUUGUUUGCAUUGGUUUUGAGGAGGAUAUUUUUUUUCCCGUGUCAAGAGCGACUUGAGAAACUGCAAGUCGCUUCUGGUGUGAGAGAAUUGGCUGUCUGCAAGGACGUUGCCCAGGGGAUACCCAGAUGCGUUACCAUCCUGUGGGAAGCUGGAGCUGACAGAUGGGAGCUCACCCUGCUCCCUGGAUUCGAACCACCGACCUUUUGGUCAGCAGUCCUUCUGGUGUUAGAGAAUUGGCUGUCUACAAGGACGUUGCCCAGGGGAUGUGUUACCAUCCCGUGGGAGGCUUUUCUCAUGUCCCUGCAUGAGAAGCUGGAGCUGACAGAUGGGGAGCCCAACCCACUCCCUGGAUUCAAACUGCCGACCUUUCAGUCAGCAGUCUUUCUGGUUUGAGAGAAUUGGCUGUCUACAGGGACGUUGCCCAGGGGACGCGCAGAUGUUUUACCGUCCUGUAGGAGGUUUCUCUUAUGUCCCCUCAUGAGAAGCUGGAGCUGAGAGGCAGGAGCUCCCCCACUCCCCAGAUUUGAAUUGCCGACCUUUUGGUCAACAGUCCUUUUGGUGUGAGAGAAUUGGCUGUCUGCAGGCACGUUGCCCAGGGCAUGCCUGGAUGUGUUACCAUCCUGUAGGAGGCUUCUCUUAUGUCCCCUCAUGAGGAGCUGGAGCUGAGAGGCAGGAGCUCCCCCACUCCCCAGAUUUGAACUGCCGUCCUUUUGGUCAGCAGUUGGUGUGAGAGCAUUGGCUGUCUGCAGACGCGUUUCCCAGGGGACUCCUGGAAGUGUCACCAUCCUGUGGGAGGCUUCUCUCACGUUCCAGCAUGAGAAGCCGGAGUAGAGACAUGGAAGCUCACCCCACUCCCCAGCGACCUAUCAGUCAGCAGUCCUGCUGGCACGAGGGUUUUAACGCAUUGCGCCAGCGGGUGCUCCUUGAGAAGGAUGUGCCUCGGGCACUUGAUACGAUAUAUAAAAAAUGACGAAAGGCGGUUUUUAUUUUCAGUUUGCACAAAGAGAGGCACCCCGAUGGCCGGGCGCUUUCUGAUUCCACAUUCCUGUGUCCACAGGGGUCUUCGAUGAUUGUAAUAGAUUUGGUGGAACGUGAUACUGGGAGGGUGGCGGGGUGGGCGGGAAAGCAGGGCGUCGUUCUUCGAAAACACUCCAUUUUGUGGCCUGUGGCUCUUGUACAAUAAUUUGGGACGUGGAGAUAUUUUUCUCUUUUGGGUUGAGGGGGUGUCAUUGUUUACACUGAAUGUCUGCCGUUAUUUUCUUCUGUUUUGAGACGAUUCCUCGCAACCUUGUGAACCUGCUUCAAGGUGCAAGGUUGAAAGAGCGGGGAUUUGGGGGGGGGGGUUAAAGGAGCCAGCAUCCGGUCACUUGGGCUUCGGAGGGAAAACGUCCCCCAAAGCGAAGAAAAGCAAGUGAUGACCCCAACGGCAUGGCGGCGACUGCUAGGCUUUUCUUUUUCCUCUUUUAAGUUGGUCGCUUCUUUGUUUUUCCAGCAAAUUGGUGGGUUUUGGGGGGGGGGGGGAGAUGGCGGAGGCUGUUCUGCUCCCACUUGCUGGCUGCUAACUAUGAGAGUAAUUUGGAAAGUAAGGUUACAAGGCAUGUAGUUCUCACAGGGAAUUUUCGCAAGGGAAGUUGGUAUCACUGCCAUGUAGUUCACCUACAUCCGGAGCACACUAUGAACCCAAAAGGAUGCAUUAGGGAACGCGACAAAGUUCCAACUGACAGUUGAUUGCCCUCACGCCUCCUAUCCUCCACUGUACGAGGGAUAUCCGGAAAGAGAGGUUGCAAGGCACGCUGGCUUCCCACUACACAGUGAUAGCAACUUCCCCCACGAAAAUUCCCCACGAGAGCUACGUGCUUUGUAAUCUUACUUUCCGGAUAACCCUCGUAGGAUAAAGUGAAGUGGGGUUGGC